AUGCCACUCGACACGUCAACGUACAACCUUGCGUUCCUGCGCGUCGACGGCCGGCGCUGGAACGAGCUGCGCCGGAUGUACGGGCAGAUCCGGACGCAGGCGGCCGCCGACGGGUCGAGCUACCUCGAGAUGGGCAACACCAAGAUCAUGUGCACGGUGUCGGGGCCGAACGAGGACAAGAAGCGCGGGGUUGCUGGCGGCGGCGGAGGCGCGGCGGAUAUUAUCGUCAGUGUUGUUGUCGCUGGGUUCAGCUCCGUGGAUCGGAAGAAGAGGAGUCGGACGGAUAAACGUGUCCAGGAACUCCAGGCGACUAUCUCCAAGUCCCUCGCGGCGACGUUACACGCACACCUGUACCCGCGGUCGACAAUCACAAUCUCGCUGCACGUGCUCAGCCAGGACGGCGGCCUGCUCGCGGGCCUGAUCAACGCGGCCACGCUCGCCCUCGUCGACGCAGGCAUCCCCAUGACCGACUACCUGGUGGCGUGCUCGGCCGGCAGCACCUCGUCGUACGCGAGCAACGACGAGUCGGCGGACCCGCUGCUGGACCUCAACACCCAGGAGGAGCAGGAGCUGCCGCACCUCACGCUCGCCACGCUCGGCGCGGGCGGCAAGGUCGUCGCGCUGGUCUGCGAGAGCCGCGUUCAGGUCACGAGGCUGGAGGGCAUGAUGGCCACGGCGGUCGACGGCUGCGGCGGCAUCAGGCAGUUCCUGGACCAGGUGGUGAGGGACAAGGGGGCCAAGAUGGUGGCGGAGGGAACGAUUGAAAAGGGCGCGACGAUGGCGAUGGAUAUCGAUGCCUAA